CAAAACGAAGUUAUAAUGCCGCGUGAAGCAACAUCACUGAACGCCGAAGGGUUCACAUUUGCAGGCGUAAAGUUUUUCCAAAACUGCAACCGUUAAUACACCUGAAAUUAAUUCUAUAAUGGCAGCGGACUUUGAAAAUCCUUUGCGAAAAUUCAAGCUUGUUUUUCUUGGCGAGCAAAGUGUUGGCAAAACGUCACUCAUCACAAGGUUUAUGUAUGACAGUUUUGAUAGCACCUACCAGGCUACAAUUGGGAUCGACUUUUUGUCAAAAACAAUGUACCUAGAGGAUAGAACAGUUCGGUUACAGAUUUGGGACACGGCCGGGCAAGAAAGAUUCCGAAGUCUAAUUCCGAGCUACAUAAGAGAUUCAUCCGCUGCUAUAGUUGUUUACGAUAUUUCCAGCACAAAUUCAUUCGAGCAAACGGACAGGUGGAUUGAGGAAGUCAGGGCUGAAAGGGGUCUUGAGGUCGUUAUUAUGCUGGUAGGCAACAAGACUGAUCUCACUGAAAAGAGACGUAUUUCGACAGAAAUGGGGGAACGGAAAGCACGAGAACUGGAAGUAAUGUUUAUAGAAACGAGUGCCAAAAACGGACACAAUGUCAAACAGUUAUUCCGGAAGGUCGCUGGAUCGCUACCCGGGCUCAAGGAAGACAAACGGCAAGAACAGUCGAAAUCACAGAUCAUAGAGCCAAAGACAAUUCCAACAAGUCAAGAGGCCAGAGAAGAGUCUUGGUGUAGCUGCUAAUGUUUUCAAGUGAAAAAGGAGACAAUAUCCCGGUUUUGACUUGACCGACUUGAUUGAAUUGUUGGAGGCUCCGGGCGUAAUUGGGGUCUGUUGACUGGUUGUUGGUCCUCCCAGGUCAGUAUCCGCGGUCAGACCUAUGGAAAGACCCUUAUCUAAUUCUGAACGAUAGAUUAAAACAGUUAGUUGUUGAUAUAAAUUUAUAGAAAUUAUUUUUUUAAGUUGCGUAGAAGCUAAAUUAAUUGACUUUUGUGAAUUCCAAUGUAGAAAGAAAAAUUUUCAUAUGCUAAUUUUAAACUCGUUGAUUUAUGCUACCCUGUUUUGUAGUUUGAACGGAGGAGUCAUAGUUUAUAAAAAAUAA